UCCUCACUGUUUAAGGAAACAUUUGGAAACUUGAGGUGAAGUUCUGAAAGUCUGAAUGACAUCUGUGCCAAUUAAGCAUCACAAAUGGGUUUGUGAGAGAUGUUUCAUUCCGUCUACCUGUGUCUUCCUCCUCCAGGUGUGGUCUGUGGACAGGCCCCACUGGCUUCCAAGAUUUCCGGUGGAGUUUCUGUGGCGUCGGCCGGUGCAUGGCCGUGGAUGGCCAGCUUACUGAAGAACGGCCAGCACAUGUGUGGAGGGACGCUGGUGUCUGAAAAGGACGUGCUGACCAACGCCAACUGCUUCUCAGGCCCCCCUAACGCCUCUGAGUGGACGGUCGUGUUGGGUCGGCUACAUCAGAACGGCGUGAACCAGUUUGAGGCGUCGUUUGAUGUGGUAAAUAUCAGCGUGAGCAACCUGACGGGAACCAACAUCGCAGUGCUGACGCUGUCGUCCCCCCCCACCCUGAACAAAUACAUUUGGCCGAUCUGCCUGGGCAACGGAAGAACAUUCCCAGAGGGAGCCGUAUGCUGGGCCGCCGGCUGGAGCSCUGGAGCAGGAGGGGAGGAACCUUUGCAGCAGUUCCAGACAACAGUGCUAAAUUGUGGGGAUGCAUCAACAGCAGACAGCAUGUGCACACAAGACUUUACUCUGGGACAGGGCGACUCUGGUGGUCCGCUCAUGUGCAAGCAGGACGGCUCCUGGUUCCAGGCAGUGGUGCUUUCAUAUAAUACCUCCAACAGAAGGAAACGGGCCAGCAUGAAGAUCUUUGAAAAACUGAACCGUUUUCAGUCUUUUCUGACCAAGACACUGGGAUCGUUCUUAUCUCCAGCAGCCGCCGUCACCGCCGUCACCACCAACAUUACAAAUACCACAAAUACCACAACCCUCAAUCCCAUGACAACCAGUGGGGUGACAAUGCCUCACUUCCCCUCUGUCCUCUUAGGCCAUCUUCUCCUCUUAGCUUUAUGUCUCCAAGUCUUCACAUAAGCAGCAUUUACACUGUCUGAUUUACAAGAUAUGACACAGAGAAAGCAGGUGAUGGUGUUUUAAUUUUAGCCCAAAAUGCUCCCUGGUAAUAUACAGCGUGUUUCUGGUUUUGGUUAUUCAAAGCAGAUCUAAAGGAUCAGAAGUGUUUGGCAGCAACUUUCAAUCUGAAAACAUUUUUCUUUUCAUCCACAGAAGAAACUAAAAACAUAAAACAAAAAUAGUUUAAAGGCUAA